UUAGUGUCUGUGUGGCCGCCAUCAGCUUCAGACGGCCUCCUUCAGACUGACUGAGCAGUGAGGAGGGCGGGACUAAGAGGUUGCCAUGGCGUCGACCAAUGAGGGCGGGGAGCGUGGUGAUCAGGCAGUUCCUGGUGGAGAGGAGGAGGAGCAGAGGAGCGUCCAAGGCAUCCAGUCUCACUACCUGCGCUGUCCGUCCCCCAGUUUCUCCAUGACGUCAGAGUCCAGGUUCUCCGCGAUCUCAGGCUCUGACGCCGCCAGCAUCUUCAUGGAGCCCAUCCACCUGUCGUCAGCCAUCGCCGCGAAGAAGAUCAUCAGCGAGGAGCUGCCGCCUCGCAGCGUGCGUGCCGAGUCCGUCUCGGAGUCCAUGCUGGAAACCGCAGAGCAGCUGAUGGUGGAAGACCUCUACAACCGUGUGCGGGACAUGAUUGAUGACCGCAGCCCCUACAACACCCCCUGUGUGCUGGACAUCCAGAGGGCAAUGGUGCAGGACCGCCUGGAGGCUCCCGUCAACCCCGUGGACGAGGUCUGGCCCAACGUCUUCAUCGGCGAGAAAUCGAUCGCAGUCAACAAGGCUCGUCUGAAGCGAAUGGGCAUCACCCACAUCCUGAACACCGCCCACGGCACAGGGGUCUACACGGGCCAGUCCUUCUACGCCGGCAUGAACAUCCAGUACAUGGGCAUCGAGGUGGACGACUUCUCCGACGCAGACAUCUCGGUGCACUUCCGCUCCACCGCCGAAUUCUUAGACGAGGCUCUUCUGACACACAAGGGAAAGGUUCUUGUGGUUUCCAUGAUGGGCGUCAGCCGCUCUGCUGUCCUGGUGGCGUCCUACCUGAUGAUCUUCCAGCACAUGACCAUCAUGGAGGCGCUGACCUCCAUGAGGAAAAAGCGCGCCAUCAACCCCAACGAAGGCUUCCUGAAGCAGCUGCGAGAGCUCAACGAGAACCUGAUGGAGGAGCGCGACGACGACGACGAGACGCUCAGCCAGUGCUCUGUUAUUGACGCCCGCGCACGUGCUCGCAUCUUCGGCGAGGGCGGGGACGACGAUGACGACGACGAUACUGAUAAAGAGGAAGAGCAGAGCAUGGUGGGGGUGAAAGCACACUCCAUCAUGAUGGAAGAGGAAGAGGAUGGAGAAAGUGUGAUGAGCAGCGUCGCCUCUUCUGCAGCCGCUGCGGCGCUCAGGAGUGGAUUGAUUGGAGCGCAGAACGGGCUGCACGACCAGGGCUCAGCCCGCAUUCAAGGAGAGAUGGUUUUACCCGAGCAGGAGGGCAGAGAAGACGGCGACGAUGACGACGGUCUCCACAGCAUGAUCCAUGAGUGGCAGCGCAGGAAUGAGAAAUAUCAGAACGAUGAUUGGUGGGAGGCGCAGCUGAACUGCGAUGGCGAGGAUGUGGAAUCUCUUAGCGAGGGCCGACCGAAGAAGACGAAGGAAGGUGUAGAAACCGACGUGGAGAGCGUCACCAGCGAGGACGUGCGAGCUGUGAAAGAGCGGUUGAAACGCCGCAACAGACGUCCGCCCUCAGACGCGAUGUCCACCUCCAGCUGCACAAGUUACUCUGAUCUUUGGAGACAGCGGUUGAGGGAAAUCGAGGAACAAGCUGCUGCUCGCUACCGCAAGAAAGAGGACGACAGUGGCAGUGAGAGCACCGCUACAGAAGGUGGCGAGGGAGCAAAGAAGAAGAUUGAGGACGAAGUGGAGAGCAUCCUCUCUGACACCAGCUCCAUGUACAACUUCUGCCGGAAGAACAAGGAUAAGAUGACGCCUUUGGAGCGCUGGCGCGUGAAGAGGAUCCAGUUCGGCUGGAACAAGAAAGAUCGAGAAGAUGGAGAGAAAAGUUCUGCAGGAAAUGGAGAGAGUGGCGAUGGCGAGGGAGAAGCCAAGACUCCAUCCCUCCAAGACGUCAACCUGACAGCGUAUCAGUCGUGGAAGCUGAGGCAGCAGAAGCGUCUCGGGGAGGAAAACACGGACGAGAUCUUGGAGUUGAGUCGGGGUGAAGACUCUGCAACCGUCAAACGGAGGCAAAGACGCGAGGAGAUCCUGGAGCGUUCAAAGAAAACUUUAGAAGAGAGUCAAUCGGUGUGUGGCUGGGAGACUGAGAGCUGCGUCAGUGGAGGUACAAUCCCUCUGUCCGCCUUCUGGACCGGAGCUGGAGUCACGGGUCCGCCGAGCGUUGCCAAUGACGACAACAUGUCCAUGCUCAGUGGCAGGUCAUCUGUCAUAUCUUCAGUUUCACAGGCUCGCAGUACAAGAUCAGCCCAAUCUGCAGUCCCAGGUAAUCCUGUGACACCAGUUCCCCCCAUCCUCCCCGUUCCUACUGUGCAGGGCCCUGGAGGUGAACCGAUGGUUAAUCUGGCCAGCAUCCAAAACUGGAUUGCUAACGUCGUCUCCGAAACGAUCAAACAGAAGCAAAGCGAGAUGAGCCUGCCUCCUCCGUCACGUGUGGGAUCGGAGCUCAGCUUUGGUGGUGCAUCGAGCGUGAUUUCAGGCCGUGGCGUGGACGAUGACAAAGCGUCCUUGUUGAGCGGCGCAUCCUAUUCCAGUGCACUGUCUCAGGGUCACGGUAGAGCAGCGUCGGUCCUCUCAGGUGGUGGGUCAAGCAGCGCCUCAGGUUUCACCGGAAGAGGCUCUGCCCUGGGAUCCACCCCUGGCUCCAUCCUGGGCUCCAAGAAGAACAAGAUCACCACCACCAGCGUGCCUCUUUUUAGCCUCUUCCAAGACCAGGUCAACAUGGGCAAACUGGACGCCAUGGACAAGGAGAUCAAGUCCGAGAUGAGGGGCAAGAUGGCUACGUACGAAAAGAAGAAGAUCCUGGAGGACAACAAACGCAGCACCCUCUACAAGAAAAAGAAACCAAAGGAGGACGAAGAUGAUGAGGAGGAGGCGGAGAGAAAGAAGAGAGAGGAGGAGUUUCUUGAGGAAACAAAGAAAAAGGAGAAACCCGCAAGGACUUACGGACUCUCUGGGUGCUUGAAUCUCAACCCUGCCCUGGAGAGAGACAAGAACACGAGCAUCGAUGACUGGCUGAAAAGCGUCAGGCCUCCUCAGAGGAAACCAGCCUCCGGAGCAGAAGCCGCUCCUUCGGAGGAUCCGGACGACGACCUCGACGCCUCCGCUUCCGAAUUCGACUUCUCAAGCCGCAGGGCCUCAUAUGCCGUCGAUGAGGAUAACGAGGAAACGUAUGGCGUUAGCUCCAGAUACAGGUCGAGGUUGCAUGAGGACCUGUCGGGUGGAGACGCAGAAUAUACCUACAACGGGUUCUCGCAGUCCCACAGCUACAGCCGGGCGGGGAGGUCGUACGCCGAGAGCGACGAGGGGUCGGAGAGCUACGGCGACGUCUCCGCAAAGAGGACAUUCGCUCGUCAUUCGCGAUACGAAAGCAGCGAGGCGGCAGGGAGGAGGAGUAGGAGGGAGGAAGCGGAGGAGGACAAGGAGGAGGAUGACAUUGCUACCUUCAUCGCCCAAACCAGGCAGAGGAUCAGAGCUCGGGCCGCCGCCGAGGCCGAAGACGACGAGGUGCUCGCAGCUUGGAGGGCGCAGCAGGAAGCGAAAUCGCAGAGCAGAAGUGAAUCUUAGACGAAACCACGAGUUUCACGAGAGUGAAGUGCUGCUGGUUCAAAGGGUUUUUUUUAACAAUAAAUUUAAAGAAUUAGUUUCCCAAAACUAUUGUUGAAGAAACACUGGAAGAACUGAGCUGGAGCCACGUUAACUUGAAUCGUUGACGUCUGUGUUUGGGAAGCCAGUUUUUAUGAUUAUCAGUCAGGAGAAAAGCACCUUUACCGACUCAUGAUGCACCAGAGCUCAUCCGGAUGAAUGUCCAGAGCCUGUAUUAUUAAUAAUGACUGAAAUAUAAGUAGCAUUAAGGUUUUGGUUGCACCACCGUUGAAUGUAAA